UGUCCAUCUUGCCCCUCAUCAGUCGCCGCUCACCUCCAAUCUCACUCUCCCAGUCUCCACUCCUAUCCACAUAAACUAAACUGAGCUCUCUCUCAUUCAAUUCUGACCCCUACCUAUCCAUCUCUUUCAACAACCAAAACUAAAAACUGUCUAUUUUCUGCAUCCAAGAACAAUGAGCGGAUUAAGGAGGUUUCAGUUAAUCGAGCAUUCCCCAUCUUCUUUCCUGGCUCCCAAGUCCCUCGCACUAAACCCAUGGUUUCCCAUUGGCAUAGAAGACGACUUCGACAUCGCUCUUGAUUUGCUUUCUCCCAGCCCCAGAGCUAUUUCCGAAGCGCUCCUAGAUUUCGCUUCACCCUUUGAAGAAUUCGACGCCUUUACCGAUUUGAUUCAGAUCGAGAGGACCCCGUUCUACAGCUCAGCCAAACGGGUCCAGCGAUUCGGGUCAGAGCGGCACCACUUGCAGAGUCUCUGCGACAGGGUCUCUGCCAUAGAGCUGGGGUUUGACCGGUUGCUCAAGGAGGAGGCCGAGAAGAAGAAGAAGUCGCGCGUCGGGCAACGGAAGUACACGUGGACGGCGGAGAUCAAGAACCCUGAGGAAGACGGACUUGACCGGACCUACAAGUGGGUCGCCGAGGUUAAGGAUGGGAAGAAGAAGGGCUCACUGGACAAGAGCUACAAGCUGACUGCUCAGAUCAAGGGGAAAGGGGAAGACUCUCCUGUCUCGCGGACAUACACUUUCAAAACGUCCACCAGCGAUGAAGGGAAGUGUAAUGCUUCAGAGAAGGAUAAGGAGAAGGAGAAGAAGAAGACGGUAAAUGAUAAGCAGAAGAAGGAACCAGCACAGAGCUACGCGCGUGUGAUUGAGAUUGAAGAUCCCUCUGAUAAUAGGGCUAUUAUCCGGACAAAGGCAUUUGAAAAAAUGAUGGAGAAGAAGAGAGGAAAGAGGAAGGAUUUGUCCCCACAAGAUGCUGCCAUGAUAAUACAGUAUAGCUUUAAGGCUUAUCUUGUAAGGAGGUCAAAGGCUCUUCGUGCUCUUCGCGAGUUGGCCAUUGCUAAGAGUAAGUUGAAGGAACUUAAGUCCUAUUUCAACAACUUCACUUAUAGGAAGCAUGUAGCUCGUGAUGCUGAGGAGCGUCAAAGGUUUUCUGAGAAGAUCAUUGUGCUCCUACUCACUGUGGAUGCCAUUGAGGAGGCUGAUAUGAUGGUGAGAGCUUCAAAGAAGAGCAUGGUGGAAGAUCUAGAAGGAAUGCUUGAUGCUGUGGACCCCCAGCAGCAGCCUCCUGCUGCUGCAGGUAGAAGUGUAUCAAUGAGGAGGAGAACGUUUGAUAUGCCUGACAGUUUCAUCAGGAAGGAUGUGGCUGAUGGUGUGGCACAAGUUAUCCAAAUGCUGGGUGAGUCAAAUGAUUCCGAGUCCUUUGACCCUUGCUCAUGAGCCCCGCUGCUAAAACUCGGGAACACGCCUUUUAUGAUCCUACAGCAAGCUGGUGGUCGGCUAGUCCCUCUCCGUUUAGGUGUUUUUUGAGCUUCCCUAGAGACAUUAAUGUUUGAUGUAUUAUUAUGUGGACCAAUGUGUUUUUCUGAAUGCAAUCUUUGUUGUGUGUUAAUUGAUGUGUACUUUGGACUUACUUGGAUUACCUGUGUUUUGAGUUUUUGUAUUGUGCUCUUUUUUUAACCCAAGCUUAUUCCAACUCUUGCCAACUUGGUGGGGCGAAUUAUGAGGUGAAUUAAGCUAAGUACACACAUGCCAGGGAUCUUGUCUAAUCGUUCUUAAUUUCUUAUCAAGUCAUUUAAGAACUUUUUUACCCCUUUAAAUUCAUAUUACACAUUUCCUUCAGAUGUCCAUAUCAGUGUGUUCCUUCAGAUUACAAUUGAGUAAAUCUACGGAGACAUUAAAAGUGUACAUUGUUUCCAAUGUGGUAAAAAUCCAUUGAUUAAAAGUUGUUCUUGUGAUGUCACUUAGGGUUGGACCGGGUCGGGUUGGGCCCUGACCGGGAUUGUGCAGGAUUGGGAAUUUGGGCUGAAGGCCGGGCACCGGCCUGGGUCAUUUUUUUUUUAAAUUUAGUCUUUUCUAAUUUAUUCCCACCCCCAAACCCCGCCAAAACACCCA